AUUUUUUAAAAUUUUUAUGAGUAGAUCGGGUCUGAUUUAUAUAACAAAUUUUUUUUCUUAUAAUUUUUUAUUGAAAAAUAAGCGCUAAAUUAAAUAAAAACGUUGUAAAUAAUUUUGAAGUACCGAAGACGAUGCGAGACCCGAAUAUUACCUACGGUAUCGUGACGUCAUAUCGGUAUAAAUAAAACACUGUUGUCAUGAGUUUUUUAUGUAAAAACAAAGAUUAUUUUGGAAAUCGUAUUCGACAUGCAUGGCAAUAAAUAUAAAAUAUCUCAGAAGACAUAAAAUAAAUAUGUAACAGGAAUAAAAUUAAAAAUUUUAUUUUUUAACCAGCUAACUGAGAAAAGAACUGUGUUAAAUAAAAAAGUUUUUUCUCAACUAAACAAAAUGUGCAUUGAAAUAAAAUAUUUAUUUAUUCUUGUAGUAAUUAUCAACACUUUUAUAAAUAAUCAAGGAGAGAUAACUCAGUCUGAAUUGGAUAAAAUUGCCAUUGAAAACUUUCGAAAUUAUCUUCGAAUUCCAUCCGUUCAACCAAAUAUUAAUUAUGAAAAAUGUUUAAAUUUCAUAAAAAGUCAAGCCAAGUCCUUAGGACUUCCUGUAAAAAUUAUUGAAGUUAGUCCUAAAAAACCUGUUGCAAUAAUUACGUGGGAAGGAACGGAACCUGAGAAAUCGUCAAUUAUGCUCAAUGGACAUAUGGAUGUGGUACCAGUUGUUGAAAGUGAAUGGAAAUAUCCACCGUUUAAUGCUACAAUGGAUGAAAAUGGAAAUAUUUAUGCGCGCGGUGCUCAAGAUAUGAAAAGUACCAGUAUUCAAUAUCUCGAAGCUAUUCGACAACUGAAACUAAAUAAUGUGAGAUUGAAUAGAACAAUUCAUGUUACUUUUGUACCAGAUGAAGAAUUCGGCGAUCCUGGUAUGGAGUAUUUUGUAAAAAGUCCAGAAUUUCAGAGUAUGAAUGUCGGAUUUGCAUUAGAUGAGGGUCUAGCUAACGAAAACAGUCAAUUUUCAUUAUAUUAUGGAGAAAGAACUAUUUUGCAAAUAUGGGUCAAUUGUCCUGGUGAAGCGGGACAUGCCUCGAUUUUAGCGAACGACACUGCAGCUGAAAAGCUCAGAAUUGUCAUUGAUCGUUUUAUGGAUUUUAGAACUUCAGAAAAAUUGAAGUUGAAUGAUCCAAAUGUUGAUCCUGGCGAUGUCACAUCUGUCAAUUUGUCGAGACUCAAAGGAGGAAUUCAAGAUAACGUACUCCCACAAGAACUUUCUGCAAUGUUCGAUAUUCGAGUUACUCCGAGUAGAAAUUUAACAGAGUUUGAAAAAUUAAUUGAAUCAUGGCUUAAAGAAGCCGGAGAGGGAGUUAAUUAUACAACAAUUUAUAGAGGUACUCCAGUGCAAAGUACUAAAUUGGAUAACAAUAAUAUUUUUUGGAUAGCAUUUCAAAAAGCAGCUUCUGAACUCAAUAUGAAGUAUGUUACUCGUAUUUUCCAAGGAGCAACAGAUAUACGAUAUUUGCGAGAACUUGGAAUUCCAGCAUUAGGAUUUUCUACAAUGAUUAAUACACCAAUUCUUCUUCAUGCUUCAAACGAAUACUUAAACAAAGACAUAUUUCUUAAUGGAAUUGGAAUUUACAUGAAAAUUAUUUCGGCUAUUGCAAAUGCUUAAAUACAUAAACGAUUUUCUAUAUUAUUCCUUUAUUCAGAAUAUUUACUAUAACUAAUCCGGAUAAAAUAAUAAAAUGUAGUCAUAAAUUGAUAACAUUAAGUAAAUUCAUAAAAUAUUAAUAAUAAACUAGUUAAAAUAUAGCGCGCGUGCAGUUUCUACGUCGUGGAGUAAUAAAUUAAUAAUAUAUUUCUAAUUUUCACAUUAUCAUUAAUUUAAACAGAGAAAAAUCAGUUUGAUGUUAUAUUAAUAGUGAUUUUUUAGCUGAGGCAGCUCAUAAUUAGCUAAUAGCAAAAUAAUUUAGCUAAGUCAAUUUUUAAAUUUAAUAAACUUGUAAAACUAUUAUUUCGAUUGUUAACGGUAACAACAAUGAAAACCCCAAAAAAAUUCCACCGAAAAAGUAAUGAUGAUAAGAAAGACAUAAAUUAAAACCAACAUGUGACAAUUGGAUAUGUAAAUAUUGAUAAACCAAUUUUCGUAUCGCCAACAUAAAAAACAUUUUGAAAAAUAUAAAACAAAAAAAGUUUUGUUAAUGUUUUGAAAUUUCAACUUAAAUUGAAAAUUGGAAGCAAAUUGACAAAUUUUUAAAAAUAUAAGCAAUUUAUUUUCAUAUAAAAAAAAAUUUGUUGUUUCUCUAAUAUGAAAAGUUUACAGUUUAAAAAUAUUAUAAUAAUAAUUAAUAAUAAAAAUAAAUUAAUAAAUAAAUUUAUAAAUAGUA